GACACGCCCCCCCAGCCAGGACGGGAGCCCAGGCGUCCUGCCUCUCACCCUCUCGUCUCCCUGCAGAUCGGGGAGGAGAUGAGUCAGAACAGCUUCAUCAAGCAAUACCUGGAGAAGCAGCAUGAGCUGCUGCAGCAGCGGCUGCAGAGGGAGGCCCGGGAGGCAGCGGAGCUGGAGGGUGAGUCCUCCGGGAAGAGCUACCCCAUCUCCCGGGAGAGAAACGACUCCGAUGAGGAGGGGACCAGGAGGCAGGAGCGCCGCUCCACUCGGGUCAGGCAGGUCAAGGAGGAGGAGGACGAGGAGGAGGAGGAGGAAGAUGAGGAAGAGGAGGAGGAAGAGGAGGAGGAGGACGAGGAGGAGGAGGAGGAAGAUGAGGAAGAGGAGGAGGAAGAGGAGGAGGAGGACGAGGAGGAGGAGGAGGAAGAUGAGGAAGAGGAGGAGGAAGAG